AUGGGUGCGGUCAUAGAAGAUAUCGAACUACCUGGUAUGAUUCUCUUGUUUGCUGAUCUUCUUGACGAAAUUGAAGCACUGACAUCCAUUCUUAUCAUAGAUGCGACUCUCGACUCUCUAUACCCCAUCUUCCAGCAACACGAUGACCGUCCCGCAAAGCGGCGCAAGACUACCAAAGGGGGCGCGAGAAGUCUGACACGGGAAAAUGGAGUAUCUGCGACAGGAAUACCUCUGGGCUACAUUCCCUUAGCACGGUUGACAAUGCGCAUAAAACCUUCGAAUACGAGCACGCGCAAAUACAAAAGACCUUACGACCCAAGUCUCUCUACCCCCCGAGUUCCUAUACUCAUAAACGUUCGAAGCGUCCAUUUUCUGGAUGAAGAUCUGAACGACACGCCACAACCACACUCGAUCAAUGACGACCCGAAUCGUAUGGAGCUGGAACUAUCCAGUCUCGGUGAAGAAGAAUUACUGAUAUAUCCAUGCGAGGAUUCACGGCUGUUUGAUCUUCUCGGACAACUCCAGGCCGUAAGCAAACUCGCCCACGUGGACCAUUUCUCCAAUAAUGUUCCCACCGCCUGCUACCAAGCGCAUCUGUGUGCUUCGCCGGAUGAAUCAACUUUUACUCUCGAGACUGUUGUACUUUGGAGAGAUUCUCUUGAGAUCCCAGAUUUGAAACGCCUGACGGAAGCAGAAUUGGAAACCUUUACACGAUAUGUGCUACAGAAAAAAUGUGUUCGCCCAUCAGCAUUGGCCGACCCGCAGGAACAUCGCAACAAAAUGCUAGGAACCCCAAAGGAGUGGUCUCCCCGGGAUUUCUACAAUAAUGUUCACGUUCCCGACCCCGAAGAGAGUUUGACGCAUCUCAAAUGCCCUGAUUUAGAAUGCAAGCUAUACCCAUUCCAAAAGAGAGCUGUCCGCUGGCUUUUACAAAGAGAAGGAAAAGAAGUCGGACCAAAUGGCGAAAUUAUCCCUAUGGCAGAGCUUCCUAAUAACAAAAUUCCGGCGUCUUUCAAUUCCACGAAAGAUGUCGAUGGGCGGACCUACUACUUUAGUCAUCUUUUCAUGAUUCUGACAACGGAUCUUUCUGGGUGGAACGAUGCCGCAGAUAAUUUGAAAGGCGGAAUACUUGCAGAGGAAAUGGGUCUGGGCAAGACAGUCGAAGUGAUUGCGUUGAUAAGUAUGAAUAAACGAGAACGGCAACUCAAGGCUGAUCCCGACGGGUUGAGACCUACUGGUGCCACUUUGAUCAUCACACCACCUGCGAUUCUUGAACAAUGGAGACAAGAGUUGGAAGAGCAUGCCCCAACUCUGCGUGUUCAUCAUUACAAUGGAAUCAAACGUGGGAAAGAAACAACCGACGACAUGAUUGUCGACGAGCUUGCCGAGUGCGAUGUUGUUUUGACUACCUACAAUGUCAUCGCGAAAGAACUUCACUAUACGGGGAGUGCUCCGCAGCGAGCUCUACGACAUGAGAAGCGAUUUGUAGUGAGGAGGACACCACUAGUUCGCCUUUCAUGGUGGCGAGUAUGCCUGGAUGAGGCUCAGAUGAUUGAGAGUGGAGUCAGCAAUGCAGCGAAAGUAGCUCGCUUGAUCCCUCGAGAGAUUGCUUGGGCUGUGACCGGUACCCCACUGCGCAGAAACAUGGACGACCUGUUUGGUCUUCUCCUUUUCCUCCAUUAUGAGCCUUUCUGCUUUUCAGCUCCGUUGUGGAAAAGGCUGGGUCUGUGUUUUGGCACAGUCCUGGCGAAAAUCAUAAACACAAUCGCUCUUCGGCAUAGGAAAGGCCAAUUAAUGGAUGAACUUCGCCUACCACCCCAAAAACGCAUUGUGAUCACUACUCCCUUCACAGCUAUCGAAGAACAGCAAUACGGUCAGCUUUUUGAGAGAAUGUGCCAAGCAUGCGGUUUGAACGCCUCGGGGGCCCCUCUUCGAGGAGACUGGGACCCUGAAGAUCCUGCAAUUGUUGAAAGGAUGCGUAUCUGGUUAACAACGCUCCGCCAAACGUGUCUCCAUCACCGGAUGUUUUAUGGCCGAGCCCUUGGUUCAGGCUCUGGUCCUUUGCGUACUGUGGAUCAGGUUCUGGACGUCAUGACUGAAUCCAACGAGGCGGCCAUACGUACGGAAGAACGAACACUCCUUUUAUCUCAACUUCGACGCGGUCAGCUUCUAGAAAAUGCAAAACGCCGCCAAGAAGCCCUCGCUCUUUGGCAGAAGGCACUGGAGCAUGCCACCCAGCUAGUUGAAGAUAGCAGAGAACAACUGCGCCUAUUGAAGUCCAAAAGCAUUACCGGCGGCAAUAAUGGGGCUACUCCGGGAGUCAUCAAUCUGGAUGACGAAGAGGACGGGGACGAAGAGGUAGACAAGAACAGCCGCCUCGGCCAGUGCCGACAGAAGCUUCGAGCUGCACUCGAGGUCCAGCAUAUUGCAGUGUUCUUCACUGCGAACGCAUAUUACCAAAUCAAGAGCGAUCCAAAUCUUACUCAGCCAGAUUCGGAUGAGUUUAAAUCGCUUGAAAAACGGGAAGAAGAUGCGUAUGAGGCUGCGAAAGUCAUUCGCAAAGAGAUGUUGACUGAUAUUUCCCGGAAAGUCGAGCGCUACAUGAAAAAAAUCAAGAUCAUGGCACAAGGAAAAGAAUUCGUGAAAAUCCCGAAAAUGAAUCCACAGCUCUACAGCAAAGGAGUCGAGUCAUACAAUCUGCUCUGCAGAUUUGAAGACUUUUGCGACGCUCUCAAUAAGCAUGCCGACCAAUAUAAGGAAUGGCGGGAUGACAUGGUCAGAUUGGUCUCCCAGUCACUCAUUGACCAGGAAGAAGAAGCAAAGCUGGAGGGUGAUGAGUAUGAGCGGUCAACAAAACAUCAAGAUGAGAUGUAUGUCUACAUGGAGGCUUUAAGGUCAAUUUACAGCGACCGUCAUGAUGCUCUCACUGGCGAAAAGAAUACUCUCAUUUCCCACGAAGUCAAAGCCGGAAUCGUCCAGGCCCAAAAGGGUGAGGGGCCCUCUCCGCAACUAUUUCUCAAGAUUAUGGAAACUCGCAAUCAGAUCAUGCCAGAUCCCAAUCUUGGAUCGUUCCGCGACAUUGUCAGUGAGCUUCGCAAACUUGUGGCAUCGCUGGAGUGGCAAGCCAGAUCAGGCAAUUCGCGUGCUCGUGCUGAACACGAAGUCGUCGAAAUGGUACUGAAAAACGCCGGCCAAAUGAUUGCUGAACAGCUGAAAGUAAGAAGCAAACUAAUCAGAGAAAUUGAAAUGUUCCGCGACACCAUGAACAAUCGACUGGAGUAUUAUCGUCACCUGCAGCAGAUUUCGGAUACGGUGGCUCCAUAUGACGAGGAAAGUGCAGGCAAGCCGCUAGAUGAAUUCGCCUUUAACCUAAGGUUGAAGCAAGAGGAAUCUAUUGAAGAAAAGAUUGCUUCUCUCAGGUCCAAAGCAAGAUACCUUCUUCACCUAAGAGAUGAUGGUGACUCCAACAGUAGCCCUCGAGAGUGCAUUAUCUGCCAAUCGACCUUCGAAGUUGGUGUAUUGACUGUGUGUGGCCACAAGUACUGUAAGGACUGCUUGCGGAUGUGGUGGGUUGCACACCAAAAUUGUCCAAUGUGCAAGAAGAAGUUGAAGCGCAAUGAUUUCCAUCAGAUCACAUACAAGCCACAGGAACUAGUUGCACAGGAGGAAAAGCCACCUGUCAAAUUAGACCACCAAGGCCAUUCUCAGAACGUCAUUUACAGUGACAUCAGCUCCGGUCAUCUCAAUGAGAUCAAGAACAUUGACUUGGAUGCACAUUACGGAACAAAGAUUGACACUUUGGCCCGGCACAUCCUAUGGCUGCGUGAACAUGAUCCCGGCGCAAAGUCAAUCAUCUUCUCUCAAUACGGAAGCUUUUUGUCGUUAUUACAGAGUGCAUUCAAACUCUUUGGGAUAGUCACUACCAGUAUUGACUCCCCGAAUGGAAUUGAGAAGUUCAAGACAGACCCGGCUAUUGAGUGUUUUUGUUUGCAUGGCAAAGCACAAUCAUCCGGGUUGAAUUUGAUCGUUGCAACACAUGUUUUCCUAUGCGAGCCACUUAUCAACACGGCAAUCGAGCUCCAGAUCAUUGCUCGAGUGCAUCGCAUUGGCCAAUAUCGACCAACAACAGUAUGGAUGUACCUUGUCUCUGGCACGGUAGAAGAAUCCAUAUAUGAGAUCUCAGUAGCCCGACGCAUAGCUCACAUUAUGGAGAAAGAGAAGGAAUACAAAAAAUCGCUCUUGGCGUGUCCUGCAGACGAAGAUUAUGUCACUGAAGCGGUUAUUGAAUCUGCCAACUCGAUGGAGCUACAAGAUGCCACUCUCACAACCAUGAUGCAACGUGGCUCCUUAGGUGGAGAGUUGGUGAAGCAGGAUGACCUUUGGCAGUGUCUCUUCGGAAAUGCCAAUAAGAAAGAUGGCACUAAUCCUUCAGCUGAGGCAGAGAGGGAGGUUGGUCGCUUCUUGAGAGGCGAAGCUGCUGAGCAAAGAAUGGAAGGUUGA